UGAAAACGAGAUGUUGAACGUUUAAAUGGUCUUUGUUUUGGGAGGGCUCCAAAUCCCUUGUCCUCAUAAUCGAAAACUAGGGACCAAAAAUGUAUGACAGGUACCAGUCCAGUCAGCAGCACCCUGAAGCGCAGCAUGUGAUGUCCUAUCACAACAUGGGCCAUUACUCAGAAGGCCCCAGGGAUGAACCUGUCAUGACUGAGCUCUCUGUCCACCGUGAACCACCUCCUACCUCUUACCAGGAGCCUGUUUAUGAGAACUACUACCCCGUAACCUCAAAUCACUACCAGGAGCUGGUCUGCCCGCAGAAUGCCAGGGAGCAGCACCAGCACCAGCAGCAGCACUAUCCUGCACAGAUGCAUCCUAUGCAGCAACAGCACCAACCCCAGGAACACAGAACCCAGCAGCAGGAGUUAAACGUUCACCACCAACCUCAGCCUGCUGCUUCACCUCAAGUUGUGACGCCCAUGAAGAAGAAGAGAGGCCGGCCUCCGAAGCAGCAGCAGUCUGAGGAGGGAAAAAUAAAAGUGGAGGAUAAUGAAGUUGAAGCUGCCAAAAAAGCUAAGAGGCUCCUGAACCGCUUCAAUGGCAUGUCCGUGGCUGAGGUCAUGGCCAAAACGCUGCCAGACGUUAUUACCUACAACCUGGACAUCCUAAUAAUUGGAAUUAACCCAGGACUAUUGUCAGCCUUCAAAGGACACCAUUACCCAAACCCAGGAAACCAUUUCUGGAAAUGUCUUUUUCUCUCCGGUCUAACCGACGAGCAGCUGAACUACAUGCACGACUCGAGUCUGCCAGAGAACUACGGCAUCGGCUUCACCAACAUGGUGGAGAGGACCACACCUGGCAGCAAGGACCUCUCUAAUAAGGAGAUCCGUGAGGGAGGAAAACAAUUACUGGAAAAACUGCAAAAAUAUAAGCCAUUAAUAGCAGCUUUUAAUGGAAAAGGUAUAUAUGAAAUCUUCUGCAAGGAAACAUUUGGUGUGAAAGCAAAGAAUCUCGAGUUUGGUCUACAGCCGUACAAAAUCCCAGAAACUGAGACAGUGUGUUAUCUGAUGCCAUCAUCAAGUCCCCGCUGUGCACAGUUCCCCCGUGCUCAGGAUAAAGUCCAUUUUUACAUCAAGCUCAAGGAGCUGAGAGACCAGAUGAAGGGCAUCACUCCCAACACUGAAGUGAAAGAGACACAGUACACAUUCGAUCUGCAGCUGGCUAAAGAGGAUGCUAAGAGGAUGGCAAUCAAAGAGGAGCAGGUGGAUCCAGAAUAUGAAAGCUGUGGUCAGCCACAUGACGAUACGAGCCAAAGCAGCAGCUCCUACAACUAAAAGAGACGGAAAAGAAUUGAAAAAACAAGCCUGUCUGCUGAAACGCACAGACAUGGAUUUAUCAGAUGCCAUGGCAUGGAACCUCUGCAGCUGGUUGCAUUUGCUCUGCAGACAUCAGCUGUCCUAUUAGCCUGGUGCACACACCAUGAUGACAUCACUCUGAUGGCACAGAAAAAGAAGAGAAUCAUACAAUAAGACAUCACAAUGUGACGCAAAAGGGGAGAAAGUCCCACAUUAGUUACAUUUUCUAUCUCUCACACAGACUGUGCAUGUGUUUUGGUGUUAUUUUUACCAUUAUUUAUUGCAUUUUGUAUGGUAUGUGUGUCUAGUGACUUAUUUUUGUAUUUUUUUUUACAAUGAUGUAAUGAUUUAUCAGCUGUAAAGUAAAUGAUUUUACUCUGGAAUUUUUAAUUUGUAAUUACAGAGUUAUUAAAUCUCUUCUUAAAAUGCUA